AAAAUGUUAUCUAAUAUUUUUGGAAUGAGGCUAACUCCUAGAAUGUAUAAUACCCUCUUCAUAACUCCUAUGAGAUACGCAAGUAAAACAUACUACCCUGAUUACCAUCAGAAAAUUCAUGCAAGAAGGAAUGUUCCUGUUUUUGAUGAAAAUUUUGGAAAAGUGAACCAGAAGCCUAGAUAUUUGAAAUUCAGGCAUCCUCAAGCCAGAAACAAGCUUACUUAUUUGCCUCCACAUAGACACGAUUUCAUGAAUUUUAAGGUAAUGGGAGGAAAUGAGAUCCUUUUGAAUCUGGAAAAUUGAGAGUUUUUGAGAAAUUCAGAACUAGUUGCUGCCCUCCUUUCACUCGGUAAGAUAGAAGGACAGGAAGAGCAUGAUUGGGAAGUUCACCCAUACACAAAGAUGGCCUUUGAUGAAGUCAAAAGGAGGAUAGGACAAUUCAAUUCCCAGCAUGUUCUUCAACUUUGCAUUGCUUUGGAUAAUCUGAAUUAUAACAAUGUUGAUUUUUGGGAUGAAAUUCAGGUGUACAUCAUGAAGCACCUGCAUAAAUAUAAUGGUAAAGAAUUAGUAAGAAUUCUCGAUCUUCUCGUCCCAAAUGUUGAAGAUGAUCUUGAUGAUGAUGAUGUUGUGUAUCUCCACAAAGAAAUAGAGAAAAAGCAGAAGUUGGAAAGAUCUGAGAGAGAAUUCCUCCAAAGAAUCAUUAACAUCAUUCCUAUUCAUGUGAAGGAUUUCUACCCAUCAAGACUAACUAGACUUGCAGAGGUCUGUGUUCAAAGAGAAUUAGGAGAUGACAGAUUUUAUAAAGAAUUCCUGUUCUUCUAUGUUGAAAAGAAAAUUAAGAUGUUUUCCAUUGACAAUUACUGUAGAAUCUUAAGAGUUUUAGGCACAAAGCAAUAUACUGAUGAUAUUAUCUUCUGGAACAGCUUUAUUUUUCCAAGAAUUUACUUGUUCCCGUUAAACAAGAGUGAUGCUCACCAGGUUUGGGAAUCUUUGGUUGCAUUAAAAAUGAAGUGCCAAGAUCUGGACUGCACGAUUCCUAUAAAUUACAUUGAAUCCUUGCUUAAGAAAUUCGAGCUCAUUGAUGGAUAUGAACAACUGACUCCUGAGCAGCAAAAUAAGAUCAAGGAUGUGGGAGAGUUACCUAUUGGAGUUAAGAAGACAAUCAUGCACACUAAUUCUCUAGACAUGUCUAAGAAAGCAAUGCAAGAAGCCCAGCAACAGUUGAUCUCUGAAUCUCAGCAUGAGCAGAGAUUGUCCAAGGAACAGGAUGAAGAGUACCUGAAGAAAAAGGAAAAAAGAGAACAGAGAAGGCUCAAGAGGGAACAAAGAAAGAGGAAUCAAGAAGAAAGAGGAAAUGUGCUUUAUGAUUCAGAUUAA